UACCCUGUGUGGCCACGUUAUGGUACUGGUCAACAGCUUGUGACUGAUACUCGUCAUCUAACUGUAGCCACCUUAGAAGAGAGGCCGUUUGUUAUUGUUGAGAGCACAGACCCAAUAACGGGAGACUGUGUGCGGAACACCGUGCCGUGUCGCAAGCAGAGCAAUCUGACUUUGAGUAGUUCGGGUGAACCCUAUUCCAAGUUGUGUUGUAAAGGAUUCUGUAUUGACAUCUUGAAGAAGUUGGCUAGAACUGUUAAGUUCUCAUAUGAUCUUUAUCUGGUGACCAAUGGCAAGCAUGGGAAGCUUGUACGA